GCGGCCCGGCCCUGAGUCACCCCCUCCGCUCCUCGGCCGCUCCCGGCGAGGGCAGGAAAGGCGGCCACCAUGAACCGCUUGGGCAAGAGAGGCAAUGAGACCCUCAUCGAGAUGUCGCUGUCGGCGGACGGGGAAGAAUGCAAUGGACCCUUAAGUGAAACCAUUUCAACUGCAGGAUCAGAAAUCCCAAGCAGCUCUGAGGGCCUAAGCAGCACUGAGACUACUUUACUCAUCCCUGAACAUCAAGUGAUUGAUAAAAGACAUGAAAGCAAAGAUUCUAUUUUCUUCAGGGAUGGUGUCAGGAGAAUCGAUUUUGUUCUCUCUUAUGUGGAUGAUUUUAGUAAGGAAUUGGAAAAAAAAUUGGAAAGACGAAAAGAAUUUGAGAGCAAUCUGCAAAAGGCAGGUUUGGAACUAGAAACAGAAGACAAGAAGGAAUCCGAAGAUGGCAAGAUCUUUUUUGUGAAGAUCCACGCGCCGUGGGAGGUUCUGAUCACGUACGCGGAGGUGCUGAACAUCAAAGUUCCCAUCAGGGAAAAUGACAUUCCCUCCACGGUGGAGAACCCCCUGGAUUGCAUGCUUUUCCCACUCAGGCUGCCCGAGAAGGUGAUGCACCCUGAGCCGGAUUAUUUCACGGCCCCGUUCAGCAAGGACAAGCAGGAGCUGUACCUCAUCAACGACGAGAGCACUUUCUUCUCCCCGUCCAUGAGGAACAGAAUAGUUAAUUAUAUUCUUACACGUUGCCCUUAUGGAACAGAAGAAGGGAAGAAGAAAUUUGGGAUUAAGAGACUACUAAACAAUGGCACCUAUACAGCUGCAUAUCCUCUUCAUGAUUGCCAGUACUGGAAAAAGGCAAACGAUCCCAACUGUGACAACGAGAGGUACACGCUCUACAUGGAGUGGGCCCGUUUCCUGCGCUUCUACAAAGAGCAGCCUUUGGACCUUAUCAGGAAGUACUAUGGUGAGAAGAUUGGAAUCUAUUUUGCCUGGCUGGGAUUUUACACUGAGAUGUUAUUCCUUGCAGCAGUUGUUGGCUUAAUCUGUUUUCUUUAUGGCUUGUUUACAAUGGAUGAAAAUAUGAGCAGCAAAGAAAUCUGUGACCCUGCAAUUGGAGGAGAGAUCAUCAUGUGCCCACUUUGUGACCAGGAGUGCGACUACUGGAGACUGAACACCACCUGUGAGUCCUCACAGUAUUCCCAUUUGUUUGACAACGUGGCAACUCUUUUUUUUGCCAUUUUCAUGGGCAUAUGGGUUACGCUUUUCUUGGAGUUUUGGAAGAGACGGCAAGCUAGACUGAAAUAUGAGUGGGAUUUGGUUGAUUUUGAAGAGGAACAGCAGCAACUCCAGCUGAGGCCUGAGUACGAGGCAAAGUGUACCCAGAAGAAGAGGAAUCCUGUAACUCAGGAGAUGGAGCCUUAUUUGCCUUUAACUAGCCAGGCUGUGCGGUUCUGCAUCUCAGGAACUACAGUGUUGUUCUGGGUGUCUCUGAUCAUAGCCAGCAUGAUCGCCGUGAUCGUGUAUCGCCUGGCGGUGUACGCGGCCUUCGCCAGCCUCAUGGAGAACACCCAGACCUUGCAGCCCAUCAGCGGGUUGCUGACCCCUCAGCUGGCGACCUCAGUCACAGCCUCGUGCCUCAAUUUUGUCAUCAUCAUGAUCCUGAACUUCUUCUAUGAGAGAAUAGCCAUCUGGAUUACUGACAUGGAGAUCCCCAGAACUCAUAUGGAGUAUGAGAACAGGCUCACUAUGAAAAUGUUUUUGUUCCAGUUUGUCAACUACUAUUCAUCCUGCUUCUACGUGGCCUUCUUCAAAGGGAAGUUUGUUGGUUACCCAGGUGCCUACACAUACAUGUUUAAUCGCUGGAGAAAUGAAGAGUGUGACCCUGCGGGCUGCUUGAUAGAACUGACGACACAGCUCACCAUAGUCAUGGCUGGCAAACAGAUCUGGGGGAAUAUCCAAGAGGCCUUUGUACCCUGGAUUUGUAACUGGUGGGGUCGUCGGAAAGCCAGAAAUAAUCCUGAAAAUUUAUACAGUCGCUGGGAGCAAGACCAUGAUCUGCAGACAUUUGGAGCCUUAGGCCUGUUCUAUGAAUAUUUAGAAAUGGUCAUUCAGUUUGGAUUCAUUACUCUCUUCGUGGCAUCCUUUCCCUUGGCUCCCCUUCUUGCUCUGAUGAACAAUAUCCUGGAGAUUCGAGUAGACUCCUGGAAAUUAACCACCCAGUACAGGAGACCUGUGGCUGCGAAAGCACACAGCAUAGGAGUCUGGCAGGAAAUCCUGAAUGGAAUGGCCAUCCUGUCUGUUGUCACUAAUGCUUUUAUUGUGGCAUUCACAUCAGAUAUGAUCCCUCGUUUAGUUUACUACUAUGCUUAUUACGAAAAUGAAGACUCACCUAUGUCUGGAUACAUAAACAACAGUCUGUCAGUGUUUCUAAUCUCAGAUUUUCCUGACAGAAACAAACCUAAAGAGAAUCCAGAAGACUUUGUCAUCUGCAGGUACAGAGACUAUCGAUAUCCUCCAGAUCAUGAGAGGAAAUACUUACACAGUAUGCAGUUCUGGCACAUUCUUGCUGCAAAACUGGCCUUUAUAAUUAUCAUGGAGCAUGUUGUAUUCAUCGUCAAAUUCUUUGUAGCGUGGAUGAUUCCUGAUGUCCCUGCAGAUGUGAAAGCCAAGAUAAAACGUGAAAAGUAUUUAACACAAAAAAUCCUGCAUGAGUAUGAACUUGAAAAACUGAAGGAGAGACUGUGUCAAGGUGAUAAACGAGCCACAGAGAAAGAGUUCAUCGCCACAGAAGGGAGAAUGGAGUUAUCCCGAGCAAUGUAGCCAUGAAACCAACUGUUUGGGAUUUAGCUCAUUUUAGCUUUUUUUGUCUGUGGUCUGCUCAGUAUGUGUCACGUUGAAAGCUGUAGGAGGGUUCAAUCCUUCACUUUCAGUCCAAAGAUUUUAGACUUUUCUUUAAAAGUUUUACUGAGCUUUCAAGGUUUAGGAAAAUCAACUGUUUGACUUCAGCACUGGUUUUUAUUUACCCGUGACUUUGACUAAUAACUGUAAUCUUGUAAUCCUAGAAUUUGGACUCCUGGUAUAGGGACUGUUACCCUCACAAAGGGCUCACAGGGUAUGAUAAGGUCAUUACCACCAAGCCCUCUGUUGCUAACUGCAAAGUUCCAGGCUGUAUCCCAGCUGAAUGAAAGGGAUAUCAUAGAGGACUGCUCUGUGGAAAAUGCUGAGAAUUACUAUUAUGUUAUGUGACCAUUUAAAUAGGAGAACACUCCUGAUACAAGGGUUAGGAUUUGGGGCUUUUUUUAAUUAUAUCCACUAUGUCUUAUGAAACAUUGGUUUGCAGCUUUGAACUUCUAUAUGUUUUGUAGAAGGAAUUGAUUUUUUAAAUUUAUAUUGGCUUAAUUCCACUUGGAAUUAUUUAUAGGCAUAGAAUUCAGUUAAUACACACUAGUGAAGUAAACAAAAAGCCAUAAUUUAUUUUUAUAAAGAUAUAAUUUGCCAAAGAGUUUGCUCUUUAAAUGUCAAUAUUGUGGAAUCAUCUAAUUGCAGUGGCUUUUGAAAAUAUGUGUCCAGUUUGGAGAAGUACAGUUAUUUUAUUUCUCAGUCUCAAAACCUGCCAUUUUUGGAAGAUUACGUUUGACAGUUUUGGCCAAAGCUGCUCCUUUAUUUAUUUAUUUGUUUGGAUUCUCUGUGAAUGCCAGCAAAGGGCUGAAGCUGUGUGUCUGUACUCGGUGCCCACUGUGGAGAGUGACUGCACAGGGCAGUGGGCUGGGAGCUGGGCCACCACACUAAUUGAUCUGGCUGGAUGGUUUGUUCUUGGACUUGCAGCCAAAGGAUUUUAAGCAGGCUGGAUAAUCAAUGCUUAUGCUGUUAUUGUCCUUAUACAUAGGAGCUUGGGGUUUUGGGGUUGUUCUUUUUGUUUUGUUUUUUUUUAUUUUUAAUCUUUAAGAAGGGUAUUUUUUUCUGUUUUGUUAUGGGGCUUUUCUACAAAGUUACUGAAUUUAUAAAUGUAUAAUAACUACUUGUGCAAAGUAGCUUCCAGCUGUUUAUGAAUGUGCCCUCAUUUUCUAAUUUGAAGCAUUUUAGGCAUUUUUAUGAUUUUGCUGUAUAUUUAAAACAUAUCAACGCUUCCAUGCUUAGUGCCUUGUUUCUUUGCAUCUGGCAAAAGGUGUGAAAAUUAUCUCUGUUGGGCAGUGCCUAUUUCCAAAGUGUGCUUUGCAGGCACCUGUGAACCUGCAGACAGAGCUGUUCAGUGUUAGCCAAACCACACCUGCCUUGGCACACUCCUGCUUCAGUGCCAUGUGAACUGUUCCAGAGAGCACUUCAGGCCUAGAUGGCUUGGUUAAAGUAACAUGUAACUGAGUUCUCUCGUGCUGAAGUACUCAAGCUAGACAAGAUAAGAAAAUUUUACUCUAUUUGCACUUUGAAAGUUAUACUUCCUUGCAAGUAUGCACACAAAAAAUUGAGGUUUGUAUUCCACGUCAGCCGAAUCCUGUACUGUUUACUACCACCACAGCUUAAGGUAUGUUGUUUUAAGCAAACCUUGGAGUUCUUGGUGAGUAACCUUAAUGUUGUAACAGUUUUAAAUCAAUGUCCUGAGUGGAGCUGUUAAAGGUUUAACAUUAAGUGCCUACCUCGAGCAAACAUCCCAUGGUUUGGCUGCCAGUCCAGGAGAUGAUGCAGAUGUACAUUUCCCGUUCCUCUAAGUUAUUCACCUUCGUUCUCUAAGUUUGCUUGAGCAAUCAAGCACAUUGGCAAUUCAUGUUCAUCAUGAACUGACCCAUGUUCUUGAAUAUUCAGAUAUCUUUGUAGUGGAUUUAUUAGAGGAAUGCAUGUGUAAAUAAAUUAGCUCUGCUGCUUAGUGUGUAAGCCAAAGAAGAGUAUCAUUCGCCAUAAUUACAUAUCCAACACCACGAUUUGCACAAGGAAAGCACUGUGCUGCUUCCUGCACAUAUACUGUUAAUUAAACUGCUUGAUUUAGAUGUCAUGGUUUUGCUACUGUUAGCAAUGCAAACAGUUGCUUCAAACAGAAAGGUGAUGAGAUGCUAAAGGAUGUUUCUAUGCAAAACGUACAAUCUGAUUGAAGCUGCAAACAAAUCUGGAAAUUCAGCAUUAGAUGCACUGUUUCUGCUUAUGGAACAUUAGUUUCUUCAGGUAAUAAAGUGUCCUAAUAUACUACACUUGAAAAGAUGUCAGCAAAAUAGGUGUGUUGUGAAUGAGCAAUGCUAUUUAAAAGCAAGAUGGAGGAAAGCAAGGAAAUACCUUGGGACACAGCAUUGAUAUGCAGAAGCCCUGCAAUGCAGACCCUGAAUCUGAAUUAUGUUUUGACUCCUACUCUGUGAUUCUUUCAAACUUAUCUUUUUCAGACCAUUUGCUAUGUAAUACAAUACAAACAGAUGUUUUGCAUAUGUUGUAUCAUAUUAUAGAAAGUGGACAAAAUCUGGGAUCAACUUAUUUAAAAAGAAAUAUAUAUAUAUCUUAAAAAUAUGUCAUGAUGCUUCAUGGUAUUAGUUUUUCAUAUACAGAAACUGUUGAAAAGAGAAUUCAUUGUCAUAUUAAGAGCUAACAUCACAUAACAAAAAAAGCCUUUACAUAAUACUUUGCCUUUACCUGUCAUUAAGCAGUAUUCUAACUAAAGAUAUCAGUAUGGUUAGGUUUAUAAUGGUUCACGUACAUUUGCUGAAGCUCUUGAAAAAGUGACAAAAGUCAGAAAAAUGGCCUGAUCAGUUUGGAGAUGUGCUGAUUCUUACUAUUGGAAUAUUUCAUUUUGAUGUGUUUCGGUACCUAAAAGUGUUCUUUAACCAAAAUAAAGAGAGUUCUGAGUUGGAACUACUGUAAUUUAAGCAACAAUAGAUUGCCUCAUUAGAAUUAGUUAGAAACCCAAAAAUUGCCUUCCAGGUGUAAUACAAUCAGGGAUUUCUUUUUUUUUUUUUUCCAAUUAAAAUUUGGCAUUUUUUACCUGGGAAAGAUUUAGUGUGGUAUGUUCUAAGCAAAGGACUGCAAAAGAAGAGUGCUACUAUGAGACACUAUACUAUUUUUUUAUAGAAAAUGUUCUUAUUAUGCUUUUACUUUUUUAUGCAAUACUGUCAGUUUGAGGCAACAGAAUGGAGUGAAAAUAGGUGGACUUUCUAACUGUACUGCUGACUUUUUACAUGUACUGCUUGUUUGACUUGUACUGUCGUGUAAUCCGAGUGGCAUUUUUGUCUGCUAAGUAUGUUGCUGAUAUAUAUGAUACACUAAUGUUGGAAUAAAUUUUUUAAACAUUGCAUUCAGCUAACAUUUAAUAUGCACAUUUAAUAAGAUUUAAAUCUGGCCAAUAAAGCUGUGUCUAUUUUUAA